CUAAGCAGAACAUCUUUUGCAGAGACUGCUACAAAAUGAGGAUGAUACUUCCAGCAUUUUUGUUAGUGUGCACUCAGGUGCUCAGUGCUAGAGCAUCAGGUGGUGUAGCCUGCAAUGACUCUGGAGUAGAGGCAGCGGCAGAUCUAUCCCUGCGUCAACUUAAUGCUAUCCGAAGAAAAGGCUUUGUGUUCGCACUCCACCGCAUUACCGACGCACAUGAGGAGUUCAAUAUAGAGAAUGGUACCAUAUAUCAGCUGACUCUGGAUGUGUUGGAGACAGAAUGCCAUGUCUUGAGCAAGCAAUUGUGGAGAGACUGCGAACCCAAAAAACUAAACGAAGCUGCCUCUGGAAAGUGCAAAGUAGAAUUUCACAUAAAUAAACCGAAGAGAAUUGCCCACCUACACAGCUAUAACUGCGCAAUCCGACCAGGGGCUGAAAGGCUUUUAGGGUGUGCAGGAUGCCCUGCGCCCGCACCAUUAGACGAUGUCAGAUUUCUGGAAGUUGCAAAACUGAGCCUUAAAAAGUAUAACAAUGAGAACAAUUUCAACAGCUACUUUAGUAUUGCAAAUAUAACAAGAGGAAGAAUACAGGUGGUUGCGGGCAAAGCCUACCAUGUGGAAUUUACAAUUCAUGAAUCAUCCUGCAACAAGACUACAUCACCUGAAAAACUUGAUCAGUGUGAACUCUUGGACAGUGAAGAUGCUGUUACAGGUUAUUGCAAGAGCUUUGCUGUAGCACACUGGAGUACACCCGAUGAGAAGAAGGUGGAGCGUGUGUCCUGUAAUGUAUUUAGCCCUGAGAACGCUGAUGCUGAACCCCAUGUGCAUGAUGGCGGCAACCAUGAACACGGUCACGGGCAUGGGAAGGGUCACCAUGGAAAGAAAGAGGACAGACAUGGAAAGAAGCAUGGGCAUUCUAAGAGUAAACAUGGCAACAAACAUGAUGACAAGCAUAAGCAUGGGCAGAAGAGCAGUGAAAGCCAUGAAGAACAUUCACGCAAUCAUACACGCUCACACCAUCAUAAUCACAGGCCAAGGUUUGGCAGACCCGAUUCAAGUUCUCACACACCAGUUGGAAACAUUACAUAUUUAACAAGUGAGGAUGCAUCACCUUUCCCUGAAAAUCCAUCCAAAUCUGAACACUGCCCUGGAGAAGUAAAGCAGUUUUCUCCUUCUCCAGUAUCUGAUGCUCCAUCAGUACAGCCCGCCCCUAUUCCUAAAUAAAGAGAAAUGUUUGUAGGAACAUGUAUUACACAUUCCUUCAAGUUGUUCAAAGUAAAAAUAAAUGACAUAUUAAAACAAA